AUGGAAGAACAGAUACCUUGUAUCUCUCUUGCAAGUAAGGAAGUGCUACUAAAGGCUGUGUUAGGGGCUCUCCCCACCUACAUUAUCAAAGACCAGGACCAAAACAUAAUUCAUUGGAAAUCUUGGGAGUCCAUAACACUACCUAAGGAGAUUGGAGGUCUUGGAUUUAAAGAUUUACAAACUUUCAAUAAAGCUCUUAUUUUCAAACAACUUUGGAGAUUGUUGUCUCAGCCAAACUUAUUGGUGAGCAGGGUUCUUAAGGGACUCUACUACCCUAAAGAAUCCUUCUUCAGAGUAAAACAGAAAAGGAACUGUUCUUGGCUUUGGGGAAGCUUGAUGAAACUUAGAGACUCUUUUCACUCAGGCUUGAAGUUUGAAGUUAAAAAUUGGCUCUCAAUCAAAAUCUGGGACCUACCGUGGGUCCCAAGACUUCCAAGACUCACUCUCACUGACAGAAACCCUUCAAGCUCUCACAUAACAUGGGCAGAAACAAAGGCUAUUCUAAAGAUAACAAACAUUGACCCUCUUCAAUCAGACAGGAUUAGAUGGGACCGGGACAAAAAAGGAGUGCUCACUAUGGCUUCCACCUACUCAAAACUCAUAGCUCAGAAGUGGAAGAAAAUGGAUUUAGCAGAGUCAAGUACAAAUCAACAGGAGUUAAAACAAGAUAGAAGAAGAAGUUGGAGAAUGCAUGCCAAAGGAAAACUUAUGCACUUCCUGCAUAAACUCAAGAACACCUCUUCUUCCAUUGUAAGAGGGCUCAACUUAUUUGGAAACUGGCUCCAGUUUCUUGAGAAGCCCUACAGAUCAAUACUGAUUGCUUCAAGAACUAAAAACCCGAAAUCUUUGGGUCUUCCAAAACACUUUAAGGCCAGAAGCAGCAACAGUGGAGUCAAUCCUCAGUGA